AUAUAUUGAAAUUGGGAGAGUUGAUGACCAAGCCCUACGUACCAGGGGGAGGUGGGAACGCAACGCAAUCAAUCAAUUUCUGACACACGUACACACACCUUGUAAAAUACCUCAUUCUCCACUCCCAAUGUCCAACACAAACGAACAAAUCUCUCUUUAUUUCUCUCUCUCUCUUCCCUUGAUUUCUUCUCUGAAUUCCUAUGGAUCUCCAAUGGCUUCUCGAUUUCCUUCAAGGAAUGACCAAGCCUUUUCUCGCCACCGCCAUUGUCGCCCUCGCCGUUCUUCUCUCUUACUUCCAGAAACUCGGCCUCGAAGGCGAAAUGAUCUACGCCAUUUUCAGAGCUUUUCUUCAGCUCUCUGUUAUUGGCUUUGUUCUUCAGUUCAUCUUCAACCAGCAAAACCUUGCUUGGAUCCUUCUCGCCUAUCUUUUCAUGGUGACGGUUGCUGGGUACACAGCAGGGCAGCGUGCCAAGCACGUGCCUCGAGGAAAGUUGGUGGCCGGAGCUUCGAUUUUGACCGGAACUUCAGUGACUAUGGUGAUGCUUGUGGUGUUGGGGGUCUUCCCUCUCACUCCAAGAUACAUAAUCCCCGUCGCCGGAAUGAUGGUCGGAAACUCCAUGACAGUCACCGGAGUCACCAUGAAAAGACUCCGAGAUGAUAUCAGAACUCAAUUCAGCCUUGUGGAAACCGCAUUAGCUCUAGGAGCAACACCGCGACAGGCGACGCACCAGCAAGUGAAGAGGGCGCUAGUGGUAGCACUGUCGCCGGUGGUGGACAAUGCGAAGACGGUGGGGCUGAUCUCGCUGCCGGGGGCGAUGACCGGACUGAUAAUGGGCGGAGCUUCACCGAUCGAAGCCAUUCAGCUGCAAAUUGUGGUAAUGAACUUUAUGAUCGGAGCUUCCACAGUCAGCAGCAUCAUGUCCACAUACCUAUGUUGGCCUUCCUUCUUCACCGCCGCCUACCAGCUGGAAACCGCCGUCUUUUCCGCCGCCUGAUUUCUUUUCCCUUUCUCAGUUCAGUUUUUACCCAUCCAAGACGAAGAAGAGAAUAUAUCAUUCAAGCUUUGUGAUUCCAUUUCUUUUCUAAUGUGUAGUUUUCUUUUUGGAGUUUUUAAUGUAAAUUGUAGGCUACUUUUGGUUUUUGUUCAUAAACUUUUUAGUUUUAUAUUUUA